AUGCCGGCUCUGCCAGCUCUGCUGCUGUCAACACACUUCCUGUCCUUUCUACUAGUCUCCAUGGCGCCGCGCUCCCUCAGCCAAGCCCCUCUCCUCUCCUCUGUCCGCAUGGCGGCGAUCCUGGAUGACCAGUCGGUGUGUGGGCGAGGGGAGCGGCUGGCACUGGCUUUGGCCCGGGAGAACAUCAACAGUGUGAUGGAGGGUCCCACUCGAGCCCAAGUGGAGGUGGACAUCUAUGAACUGCAGAAAGAUUCUCAAUAUGACACCACUGACACCAUGUGUCAGAUUCUACCCAAAGGCGUUGUUUCUGUCAUUGGUCCCGCCUCCAGCCCCGCCUCCGGGUCAACUGUCAGUCAUAUUUGUGGAGAGAAAGAGAUCCCUCAUGUGAAGAUCGGUCCAGAGGAGACGCCGCGCCUGCCCUACCUCCGCUUUGCCUCGGUGACGUUGUACCCAAGUAACGAGGACCUGAGCCUGGCCAUAGGAGCCAUCUUACGCUCGUUCAGCUACCCGUCCGCCAGCCUUGUGUGUGCCAAAGCCGAGUGCCUGCUCAGGCUGGAGGAGCUGGUUCGCCGUUUCCUCAUUUCCCGAGAGACGCUGUCGGUCCGGAUGCUGGAUGAAAACAUGGACCCCACGCCGCUGCUCAAGGAGAUCCGUGACGACAAGGUGGCCACCAUCAUCAUCGACGCCAACGCCUCUGUGUCCUACCUCAUCCUCAAGAAGGCAUCGGAGCUCGGGAUGACAUCAGCAUUUUACAAGUACAUCCUAACCACCAUGGACUUCCCUCUUCUGAGACUUGAUGACAUCGUCAACGACCAGUCAAACAUCUUGGGCUUCUCCAUGUUCAACACCACUCACCCGUUCUACCUGGAGUUCAUCCGGAGCUUGAACUUAUCCUGGAGAGAAGGCUGUGACUUGACGUACCCUGGUCCUGCACUCUCGUCAGCGUUGAUGUUUGACGCCGUGCAUGUGGUUGUGGGCGCCGUCCGGGAAUUGAAUCGCAGUCAGGAGAUUGGAGUGAAGCCACUGAGCUGCACAUCGCCUCAGAUCUGGCAACACGGGACCAGUCUGAUGAACUAUCUGCGCAUGCCAUUCCUGUGUGCUCUUCCCACUGAUGACCUGUUGUCAAAGCAACCAAAGAGCCAUCUCUCAUUGCCUCUGCCCGACCGCCCAGCAUCUGUCUUUCGGCCAGCGCAGGUGGAGUACGACGGUCUGACAGGCCGCGUGGAGUUCAACAGCAAAGGCCAGAGGACCAACUACACCCUGCGGAUCCUGGAGAAGCACCGCAGAGGCCACAAAGAGAUCGGAAUCUGGUACUCCAACAACACGCUGGCAAUGAAUUCCACCAGUCUGGAUAUUAAUGUCUCGGAGACGCUGGCGAACAAGACCCUCAUUGUUACCACCAUACUGGAAAACCCCUAUAUGAUGCGCAAAGACAACUACCAGGAGUUCCAGGGCAAUGACCAGUACGAAGGCUUCUGCGUGGACAUGCUGAGGGAGGUGGCGGACAUGCUUAAGUUCUCCUUCAAGAUCAAGCUGGUGGAUGACGGGCUGUACGGUGCCCCCGAGCCCAAUGGUUCUUGGACCGGCAUGGUGGGAGAGCUGAUCAACCGGAAAGCCGACCUGGCCGUGGCGAGCUUCACCAUCACGUCGGAGCGAGAGAAAGUUAUCGACUUCUCUAAGCCGUUCAUGACCCUGGGGAUCAGCAUCUUGUAUCGCGUUCAUAUGGGACGGAAGCCGGGUUACUUCUCCUUUCUCGACCCGUUCUCCCCCGCUGUCUGGCUCUUCAUGCUGCUCGCCUACUUGGCUGUCAGCUGUGUGCUCUUCCUCGCUGCAAGGUUAAGCCCGUAUGAGUGGUACAACCCUCACCCGUGUCUCCGGGAGCGCAGGGACAUGCUGGAGAACCAGUACACUCUGGGCAACAGCUUGUGGUUCCCAGUGGGAGGCUUCAUGCAGCAGGGAUCAGAGAUCAUGCCCAGAGCUCUGUCCACUAGAUGUGUCAGCGGUGUGUGGUGGGCGUUCACACUCAUCAUCAUCUCCUCCUACACGGCCAACCUGGCAGCCUUCCUCACGGUGCAGAGGAUGGAGGUGCCCAUCGAGUCCCCGGAUGACCUGGCCGAUCAGACCAACAUCGAGUACGGAACCAUUCACGGCGGCAGCACCAUGACUUUCUUUAUGAACUCCAGGUACCAGACCUACCAGCGCAUGUGGAACUACAUGUACUCCAAGCAGCCCAGUGUCUUUGUGAAAAGCACAGAGGAGGGAAUCGCACGUGUGGUCAAUUCUAAGUACGCCUUUCUGAUGGAGAGCACUAUGAACGAGUACCACCGAGGCCUCAACUGCAACCUGACUCAAAUUGGCGGCUUGCUGGACACCAAGGGCUACGGGAUUGGCAUGCCACUGGCCAUCUCCCACUGCUCUGGCCUUACUCCUCACCUUUGGAGGAGAAAAGUGGGUGGACUUCAGACGCCCCAGACGCAGUGGCUCAAGAUGAAGGCUGAGCGGUCCCCUUUCCGGGAUGAGAUCACACUGGCCAUCCUCCAGCUGCAGGAGAAUAACCGUCUGGAGAUCUUGAAGAGGCGAUGGUGGGAAGGAGGCCAAUGUCCCAAAGAGGAGGACCACCGUGCCAAGGGUCUGGGCAUGGAGAACAUUGGAGGCAUCUUUGUGGUGCUGAUCUGCGGCCUCAUCAUCGCCGUGUUUGUGGCGAUUAUGGAGUUUGUGUGGUCGACGCGGCGCUCGGCAGAGACCGAUGAGGUGUCUGUCUGUCAGGAAAUGAUCACCGAGUUCCGAAACGUCGUCUCAUGUAAGAAAAGCUCCCGUUUGCGUCGACGCCGGACCCUCAGCAGUUCAGCGGCUCUGCGUCAUCCAGCUCGCAUCGCCAUGGGCGCCCCGCGGCCUCUGCGUCUGGUCAGAGAAAUGCGCAUGUGCAACGGGAAACUCUACAGUGGAGCGGGGCCAUUGACUGGAGGGGGGUGUUCAGGACCUUCAGACGUUGGCCCGGGACCGCAGAGAAUCCUCGACGAUCCUCUCGGAGCCAACACCACCCCUCCCCCGCCUGCGCCCACUCCAGUCCUGCUGCCUGGACGCGGGUGCAGCCAUGUGCGCAUCUGCCAGGAGUGCAGACGAAUUCAGAACAUGAGAGCGGGGGGGAGUUUAAGCUCCACUAGCAGCAGAAUACCCCCGUCGUCCGCACCACUGCCUCGUCUGCCCCCACCACCACCACAGUCCUCCUCUAACACAGACAGUGAGGGGGGAGGGGGGCCCAGUCCGAGGAGACUUCACCACAGUCCCCCGCCACACAGCAGCCGGCCCUGUUUGCCGCAGAGCAGUAACACCACAGACCUUCUGGGGGACCAGGACUGA